AUGAUUGCUAUCCAUGCCAGCAAUUUUUACCUCAUGGAAGCAAACAGAUUUCGUACACUUCCACAGGAUUUAGGAAUUGGAAAAAUGCCACUGAUUCUUAAACUGGUUUUCCAAAACAUGAAAAAUCUAUUUCUCAUAUUCAAACUACGUCGAUAUGGCAGGAGAAAUUACAAAGAAUAUGGCGAAACGUUAAUAAAUCAAAAAGUAUUAGAAAAAUAUAGGUAUUACGUGAACUCUUUCAUUGAAGUAAUACAAUUUCUAAUUGUCAACGAAUUAGCUUUGCAGGGAAACUAUAUUUUGGAAGAAAAAAAAAGAAAAAGGAUAA